AUGGCCGACGACAGCGCAACCCCCGGUGUAAGAGUCCCUAGCCACCGCUACGGUCGUCAUUACCAUCGGCGGAAAAUCAAAGAAGCAGUAGACUCAAUAAGCUCUUUACCUGAUGUGAUCCUCCAACAUAUCCUCUCCUUUAUUCCGACCAAACUCGCCAUCACAACUUCCCUCUUGUCAAAACGAUGGAGACAUGUAUGGUGUGAUACACCUUCUCUUUCAUUUAAUGAUUACAGACUGGAGGCUCCAUUUAUAGACGAAACCCUAACUCGCUAUACAGCUUCCAAGAUGAUGCGUUUUCACCUCCAUACCAGCUUGAUCAACAAUGUUCCCCACUUAGAAAGUUGGAUCAAGUUCGCCAUGUCCCGUAACGUGGAUCAUCUGUCCCUGGAUCUCUGGAAUCAAGUUGCCAAUAAGUUUAAGUUUCCUGAUUUCUUCCACAUCAAUUCAUCUCUCAAGCAACUCACUGUUGUGUUAGACUUUUCUGAUACGAUGAUUGCCAUAUGCUGAAGAAGUUGUACUUGAGUACUUGUCUUCUCUCUGAUGAAUCCAUGGCUAACAUUCUAUUUGGUUGUCCAAUUCUCGAGAGCUUAACACUAGAUCACUGCGGUGGACUAAGGGUUCUUGAUCUCAGCAAAUCACUGCGCCUGAGAACAUUAGAAAUAAACUGUAACAUUUGGGUUCCCGAGCUAACGGCAAUGCAGAUUGUGGCUCCACAUACCCAUUGUCUCAGAUUGAGAAACUCUAAAUUACCAUGUAGUCUUGUUGAUGUCUCAUCACUGAAGGAAGCUAAACUUAACAUUUGCAUUGACUCAUUUUCUAAAACCAUCAAGGCUGACUUUCUUCAAGUCACGCUGUUAAAGAUGUUGGAAAAGUUGCACAACGUGGAGAAGCUUACUUUGGGUGGAAACUUUCUUCAGAUUUUAUCCGUUGCCGAGCUUCGUGGUGUCCCUUUCCCGAUGUUCAAGGUGAAAGAUUUGACUCUCGAGACAGUCAUCUUUCAGUAUGUUAUUCCUGGUAUAGAAAGAGUGUUACAAAACUCACCUGAUUUAAAGAAGCUAACAUUACUCACAAAGGAUUUCUACCAUAAACCGGGUGAGUAUCUUGGCGACCACAUGGAUUUGGAAGGCUUUAAUCUCGAUCAAUGUUGGAAAUCAAAAUAUGGUGUCUUUUGGAACAAGUCAUGUUUGGAUGUAGAGUCAGAGCACGUUGUUUCAUUCGUGGAACUUAUGCUUAAAAACACAAAGGCAUUAGACAAGAUGGUCGUACUGUUGGAAGACCAUUACGUUAGGUUUAAAGAGAUGGUUCCAAGACUUUCUCACAACUAUAAUAUCUCCAUUGCCCUCUACACCUUCAAGCCGCAAAGUUAG